AUGGGUGGGUGUACGUCGAGGCAUGAGGUGCUGAAGAACGCCGGCGAGGCUCCAUUGCCAGCUCCGGCGAACGACCACCACGCUGAAGUGGCGCCGCCGGCCGUGUCAGAAGAAGAGAAUGAUGAAGCUAAGCGGCAAUCACUUGGCAAAUUAUUCAACGAGAGCAAAGAUGACAAAAGCUCGUCCGAGCAAGUACAACAACAAGACGUUAAGCCCCAAGAAUCCGCCGCCGAUCAUGUUGUCGAGAAAGAAAACAAAGAAGCCUCUAAACCGGAAGCUCCUGAAAUCGAGAACAAAGAAGCAUCUAAAAUUGAAGCUCCCAAAACCGAGAACAAAGAAGUAGAUGUCAAAGAAGUAGCUAAAACUGAAGCUCCCGAAGAAAAAGAAAGCAAUGCCGCUAAAACAGAAGAAGCUCAAGAAGGAAACGAGGCACAAUCUGUUGAGAAAGAAAACAAAGAAGAAUCUAAAACCGAGGACAAAGAAGAAGUAGGUAAAACCGAAGCCCCCCAAGAAACAGAGAACAAGGCUGCUAAAACAGAAGCUCAAGAGAAAAACGAGCCACAAUCUGCCGAAGAAAAGCCCGUUGAAGAGAGCACAAAGCCCGAAACAACAUCUUUAGAGAAAGCUGAGGAGAAGAAAACAGAAGAGGACAAAUCCGAGGCGGGCUCAACCGAAGCUAAGACGACCGAUGAGAAGAAGCCUUUGUUUAAAUUAUGGUUUUAA